UCUGCUGGCCCCGCCCCUUUGUUGCUUCUUCUCGAAAGCGUACAGGCCGCUCUUUCAAAAGCUAGUUAGAUAGCUAACUAGAAGACUAUUGAACACUUCGAAAGGGAAACAUAAAACUUGAGCUGGUGACCUCACAAGGAACUCCCAGAACCUGGAAUAACUUGUCUUGGUUGGAGACUCACAAAAGCAGCACUUCCUGAAACUCCCAGUGUGGGAGGAGAGAUCUAUGAGACCUUUGAAUCCAUAUGAAAGGAAAGACACCUCACCCUAUUUUUUUGUUGUUGACCAAGACACAUUGUAACUCAUCAGAAUAGGAUCAUUUAAGAAUCUUCCGGGACAAAAUGGAUCGAGAGAAGGGAUUGUUGAUGGAUGAAAUCGAAAAGGGUUUAUGGAAUUUAACCGAGGACAAUCUGCGUUACCUUUGUGAACGUCAUGGACACGGUGGGAAAGAUGGCUUCAGGGUUAAAGGAAUGGAUCACCGCUCGUUACGGCGUGAAAUCCUGGAGGAAAUGUGGGACAAUACGGAUUCAAUGAAAUCAGAGGAGCAGGGAACGUCUUGGUUACUUCAACUGAAAGAGGACAUCCGGAGGAUACAGGAGGAGGGUAGCAGUGCUGCUGAUGAUGAUGAUGAUGCUGUAGACUGUGACGAAGAAUGGAACGGAGAGGGCGGGGUUCAGUUACCUAGCAAUGGUUUGGAGGUGGAGCCCAUGAGUUCCAGCCAAUCUGAUGAUGAUGAUGGCGAUGUAGACUGUGAUGAAGAAAGGGACGAGGAGGUCAGGGAUUGGAUGGCUAGCGAUGGGCUGGAGGUGGAGUUGUCUCCAGAGAGGCACACACCAGAGCAGAGAGUGAGAGAGGACAAGCCUCCCCGGCCCCCCGCCACCCUCUCGAAGUCCCCGGGUCGUGUGUCCCGCGGUAGCGCCUUACUGCGCUGUCUGAAGAAGAGGGUGUCUGUGCAGCUAGACGACAGCAAGACAACUCGCACAGGAGAGAAAUCUCACAGCCCGUCUAGCGCUAAACGAUGCAAGAAAACUCUCCCAGGAGACAGGCCUAGCUCCCAUAUCUGUGAUCACUGUGGGAAGAAUUUAGGAAGUCAAAAAAGCCUGAAAAGCCACAUGCGCGUUCAUACUGAAGACAAACCUCACGAGUGCUCCGAGUGUGGGGAGACGUUCCGUCUGUUAAGAAGCCUUAAAAAACACCAGAAACUUCACACUGGUGAGGUUAGAGGGACGAAGAAAGUCAAAGUCCCUCAUCCGUGUCCUCACUGCGGGACGAUGCUAGCGUCGAAGAAAGAAUUAAAGGAUCAUCUGAGAAUCCGCCACACUGAGAAAACUCAGCUCUGCUCUGAAUGUGGCAAGAGAUUCUCUAGCACCUACGCCCUGAGGAAACACCAGAGACUACACACUGGGGAGCAGCUCCACCUCUGCCCUGACUGUGGGAAGACCUUCUAUACUCAGGCACACUUGAUAUCUCACCAGAGGGUCCAUGCUGAACACAGGGAAAGGCCGCAUGUGUGUCCCGUCUGUGGGAGGGGCUUUACAGCAGCUUCGUCCUUGAAGUCACAUCAGAGUAUUCACACCGGAGAGAAACCUUACCUCUGCUCUGAAUGCGGGAAGAGUUUCAGAACAUUAGGACACUUCACAACACACCAGAAGCAGCAUGUCGAAGCAAAGCCAUCUUUCCCUUGCCCUGUUUGCAACCAGUGUCUCUCAACAAAGCGCAACCUGAUAUUUCACCAGAGAAUGCACACGGGAGAGAAGCCUUACCAUUGCUCUCAGUGUGACCGGCGCUUUGUUAAUGAGCAGAAAUUGAAAAGUCAUCAGCGUGUACACACUGGAGAGAAGCCCUACCUUUGCUCCCAGUGUGGGAAAAGUUUCGCUCUUUCACAAAAUCUUAAAAAGCAUCUCAGGGUGCAUUCAGGUGAGAGACGUUACAGAUGUACCUAUUGUGUAAAGAGUUUCAUUUCUUCAUCUGGUCUGAAAUCACACCUGCAAACGCACACUGGAGUGAAACCCUGCCACUGCCCUGAAUGUGGGAAAGGUUUCUCAGAGAAGAGAGCUCUGAAGAAUCACAUGCUCACACACGGGAGAGAAACCGCUCCAACGUUCCAAUGUCUGUGAGAAUGUAACUCAGCACCCGGAGAUACACGCUGGGGUUGAAGAGCAUAAAUAACUGCCAUUAGAAUGAGUCGCUCUGGAUAAGAGCGUCUGCUAAAUUACUAAAACGUUUUAAAAUAAAACAUAGAUAUUGUACACCGCUGCCUUCCCGACUCCCACGUGAUAGUUAAUUUCUGUCUUAUUUUCUCUGAAAAGACUUACCAAGAAACUACCAUUUAACUAGUUAUUUUGUGUCUGGGUGUUCUGUUUAUGAAUUGUCUGCUUGCAUUGAACUGUUCUAUCUAGCCUGAAUCCAGAACCUGUUUUGUGCGAAUAUGUGUGUGUAUAUAUAAAUGUAUAUAUGACUCCCAUUUUGGCAUGUAUUUAGCAGUGUAAGGUGCAGUACCAAUGUGGACACAAAAAGGACACCACUUGCCUGUUUUUAAAAAAAAUUUUAUGUUGUGAGGUUGCUUCACUUGUCUUCUACUAUGGUUGGCUCGCGCUAUGGCCGUUUUAGAAGAGGUCUGCCAAGACAACUGUACACAUCUGAAUGAAGCAACUAGAUAAAAUUAUGACAUCUUAUUCCCGAGGUAACGAACACGCCUGCACUGAUCUGCCUCGUAUCUUUUGCAUAGAGUCAUGGGAUUGAUCAAAAGGACUGUGAGUGUGCAUGUGAGUUGGCCCCCGUGAAAAGGAUGCAACCUGGAGAUGUACAGUGCGACAGGUAACCUAGCGGUUAAGAGCAGUUAACCGAAAGGUCACUGGUUCGAAUCCUUGAGACGAAUCCUUGAGACGAACGUUAUGUUCCCCGGGCGCCGAACACGUCGAUUUAAGGCAGACUUCCCGCACCUCUCUGAUUCAGAGGAGUUGUUAAAUGCAUUUCAGUUGAAGGUAUACAGUAUCCCCCCUUUCCCCUGGAGUCAUCUUUUAGUUCUACAUCAAUACAUGCACAAUUCAUAAUGUAGAUUAUAGUUGUACAACUGUCUAGGUAUCCCCCCUUUCCCCUGGACUCCCAGGAGUCAUCUUUUAGUUCUACAUCAAUACAUGCACAAUUCAUAAUGUAGAUUAUAGUUGUACAACUGUCUAGGUUUCCCCCCUUUCCCCUGGACUCCCAGGAGUCAUCUUUUAGUUCUACAUCAAUACAUGCACAAUUCAUAAUGUAGAUUAUAGUUGUACAACUGUCUAGGUAUCCCCCCUUUCCCCUGGACUCCCAGGAGUCAUCUUUUAGUUCUACAUCAAUACAUGCACAAUUCAUAAUGUAGAUUAUAGUUGUACAACUGUCUAGGUAUCCCCCCUUUCCCCUGGACUCCCAGGAGUCAUCUUUUAGUUCUACAUCAAUACAUGCACAAUUCAUAAUGUAGAUUAUAGUUGUACAACUGUCUAGGUUUCCCCCCUUUCCCCUGGACUCCCAGGAGUCAUCUUUUAGUUCUACAUCAAUACAUGCACAAUUCAUAAUUUAGAUUAGUGUUCAUAGUGUACUCUGUGGUUUCUACAAUCUUACUGUUCAUAGUGUAGUUUUUAUCUUACACUGUUCCUAGUGUACAUACUGUAUGUGAAUUGUGUAUAUCUAGUCCGUAUAUUCUGUUUGUAGCCUAGAUUCUGUUUAUUGUGUCAGCACCAUAUCACAGAGUCAAAUUUCUGUACAUGCGAAUAAAGGUGAUUCUCCGUUCCAUCUGUUGAUUGGAGGGGGAAGUUACAGAUGUUUACAUGUCUCACACAGUUGUUCAUCUAAUGUUUCAUUUUGAUAUGUUUUUUUUAAUGUUUAAAAAUUAAAUGUGUUUUUUUUUCCAAA